AUGAUCGAUCGAUAUACACAUCAACAACUCCGAAUUGGAUUAGUUUCUCCUCAACAAAUAAGUACUUGGUCCAAAAAAAUCCUGCCUAAUGGCGAGAUUGUUGGAGAGGUGACAAAACCUUAUACCUUUCAUUACAAAACCAAUAAACCAGAAAAAGAUGGAUUAUUUUGUGAAAGAAUUUUUGGGCCUAUCAAAAGUGGAAUUUGUGCUUGUGGAAAUUAUCGAGUAAUCGGAGAUGAAAAGGAAGACCCGCAAUUUUGUGAACAAUGCGGAGUCGAGUUUGUUGAUUCUCGGAUACGAAGAUAUCAAAUGGGCUACAUCAAACUCGCAUACCCCGUAAUGCAUGUGUGGUAUUUGAAACGUCUUCCUAGUUAUAUUGUGAAUCUUUUAGAUAAACCUCUUAACGAAUUAGAAGACCUAGUAUACUGCGGUUUUUAUUUUGCUAGGCCCAUAGAUAAAAAACCCACUUUUUUACGAUUACGGGGUUUAUUGGAAUAUGAAAUUCAACCCUGGAAAUACAGGAUCCCAAUUUUUUUUACUACCCGGAGCUUCGAUACAUUUCGAAAUCGAGAGAUGUCUACCGGAGGAGGUUCUAUCAGACAACAAUUAGCCAAUCUAGAUUUACGAAUGAUUAUAGAUUAUUCAUUGGUAGAAUGGAAAGAAUUGGAGGAAGAGGAAUCCACAGGGAAUGAAUGGGAAGAUCGAAAAGUUGGAAGAAGAAAAGAUUUUUUGCUUAGACGCAUGGAAUUGGCUAAGCAUUUUAUUCGAACAAAUAUAGAACCAAAAUGGAUGGUUUUGCGUCUAUUACCAGUUCUUCCUCCUGAGUUGAGACCAAUCUAUCAUAUAGAUGAGGAUAAACUAGUGACCUCGGAUAUUAAUGAAAUCUAUAGAAGAAUUAUCUAUCGGAAUAAUACUCUUACAGAUCUAUUAACAACAAGUAUAGCUACACCAGAAGAAUUAAUAAUAUCUCAGGAAAAAUUGCUACAAGAAGCCGUGGAUGCACUUCUUGAUAAUGGAAUCUGCGGACAACCAAUGAGGGAUGAUCAUAAUAGAAUUUACAAGUCGCUUUCAGAUGUAAUUGAAGGCAAAGAAGGAAGAGUUCGCGAGACUCUGCUUGGUAAACGAGUCGAUUAUUCAGGGCGGUCAGUGAUUGUCGUGGGCCCUUCACUUUCAUUACAUCGAUGUGGAUUGCCUCGCGAAAUUGCAAUAGAACUUUUCCAGGCAUUUGUAAUUCGUGACCUAAUUAGAAAACAUCUUGCUUCGAACAUAGGAGUUGCUAAGAGUCAAAUUCGGAAAAAAAAACCUAUUGUAUGGGAAAUACUUCAAGAAAUUCUGGAUGACCAUCCUGUAUUGCUGAAUAGAGCGCCUACUCUGCAUAGAUUAGGUAUACAGGCAUUCCUCCCCGUUUUAGUGGAAGGGCGUGCUAUUUGUUUACAUCCAUUAGUUUGUAAGGGCUUCAAUGCAGACUUUGACGGGGAUCAAAUGGCUGUUCAUGUGCCUUUAUCUUUAGAGGCGCAAGCAGAGGCACGUUUACUUAUGUUUUCUCAUAUGAAUCUUUUGUCUCCAACUAUUGGAGAUCCCAUUUCUGCACCAACUCAAGAUAUGCUUAGUGGACUCUAUGUCUUAACGAGUGGAAAUCGUCGGGGUAUUUGUGUAAAUAGGUAUAAUCCAUGUAAUCGUAGAAACUAUCAAAAUGAAGAUAAUAACUAUAAGUAUACAAAAAAAAAAGAACCCUUUUUUUGUAAUGCCUAUGAUGCAAUUGGAGCUUAUCGGCAAAAACGAAUCAAUUUAGGUAGUCCUUUGUGGCUGCGGUGGCGACUAGAUCAACGUGUUAUUGCUGCAAGAGAAGCUCCUAUCGAAAUUCACUAUGAAUCUUUGGGGACCUAUUAUGAGAUUUAUGGACACUAUCUAAUAGUAAGAAGUAUAAAAAAAGAAAUUCUUUAUAUAUAUAUUCGAACCACUCUUGGUCAUAUUUCUCUUUAUCGAGAAAUAGAAGAAGCCAUACAGGGGUUUUGGCAGGGCUGUUAUAAUUCUAUGCUACCAGCGCGAAUUCGAGUCUCACCGGGUUAA